UCUUCUUCCCAGCCACCAGAAUGCCGGGCAUCACCAUCGGAGACACCCUUCCGGACCUCGAGUUCCAGACAACCCAUGGCAAGAUCAGGCUCUAUGACUACAUCGGGGACCAGGGCUGGGUGAUCCUCUUCUCACACCCGGGUGACUUCACGCCGGUGUGCACGACGGAGCUGGGAAUGAUGGCGGCGUACGCCGAUAAGUUUGCCGCCAUGGGGGCCAAGCUCCUCGCCCUCUCCUGUGACGAUGUCAAUUCUCAUCAAGAGUGGAUCAAAGACAUUGAGGCCUACAACGGGCACAAGGUGACGUACCCGAUCAUAGCCGAUCCCAACAGGGAGCUCAUCAAGCAGCUCAACAUGGUGGAUCCCGACCAGAAAGACCCCGCUGGAAACCAGGUUCCUUCCCGGGCGCUGCACAUCAUCGGCCCCGACAAGAAGAUUAAGCUGAGCUUUCUUUAUCCGGCGAGCACUGGGCGGAACAUAGACGAGGUAGUGAGGGUGAUAGAGGCGCUGCAGAUAGCGGCCAAGUACAGGGUGGCGACGCCGGCUAACUGGAAGCCGGGGGAGGCGGUGGUGAUAUCGCCGAGCGUGUCGAAAGAGGAGGCCGACCAGAUGUUCAAGCAGGGCUACGAGACCGUCCCGCUGCCGUCCGGUGAGGAGUACCUCCGACUCGUCAAAGUCUGAACCCAUCCAUAUCAUCAUCAAUUAAGAUAUAAUAAAUAUUAGACAAGAAGUUGCAGGGGACCAAAAUGAGUGGUUUAAUAAAUAUUAGAUUAGUGUAUAGAUAUAUAUAAAUAUAUAUGCUACUGUACUGUUGGUAGUGUUGGGAGUACGUAGUGCAAUAAAAGAUAACACAUUAAGAUCCAUCCAUCCAUCAUUCAAGCCCAUAUAUCUCGUUG